UAGAGCUGAGCUUCGGAGCUAAGGCUGGGAGCAUCCCUCAUGCGGGCUCCCUGCUGGGCAUCCUAAACUUUGGGCGGUGAAGGGCAGAGCUGGAACCUGUGCUAUAGGGUCAAGUGGUACCCAGGGGGAUGAAGCAGGUAGGGCUGCAGAGAUGCUGCAUUGGGAGGUAGAUGCACUGGCCUUGAAGCCUAAGCCCCUAGCAAUAAGGAGGGUGGGGAAAGCCUAGGGAACUAAGGGAAUAAUGCUGGGAGGAGCACAGAGACAUAUCCAGGAAGAGAGGGCGCUCACGCCUGAAGGCCUCCUGUGAGCUCUGGGAUGGCCUGCCAUCUGUCUGCUCCUGCUGUUCCCCAGGGCCUAGUGGAUGAUACUGAGGAUGUGUCCCUGGACUUCGGUAAUGAAGAGGAGCUGGCCUUUAGUAAGGCCAAGAUCAGGCACCCCCUGGCUACCUUCUUCCACCUGUUCUUCCGAGUGAGUGCCAUCGUCACCUAUGUGUGCUGUGACUGGUUCAGCAAGAGCUUUGUGGGCUGCUUUGUCACCGUGCUCCUCCUCCUGUCCUUUGACUUCUGGUCCGUGAAGAAUGUAACUGGAAGACUCAUGGUGGGUCUUCGAUGGUGGAACCAGAUAGACGAGGACGGGAAAAGCCACUGGAUAUUUGAAGCCAGAAAGGUCUCUGCAAACCACAUGGCUGCCACUGAGGCAGAGGCACGCAUCUUCUGGCUUGGUCUCAUCAUCUGCCCAGUGAUCUGGAUUGUGUUCUUCUUCAGUACCUUGUUCUCCUUGAAGCUAAAGUGGCUGGCUCUUGUGAUUGCUGGCAUUUCCCUCCAAGCUGCGAACCUCUACGGCUAUAUCCUCUGUAAGAUGGGGGGCGAUGGUGAUAUGCGCACAGUUGCAGCCAGCUUUCUGUCCCAGACAGUAUUUCAGACGGAUUUCCCAGGUGACUUUGAGAAGCCCAGGCUGGAAGGGCUGGACAUCCACCGGCACUAGGCUGCUGUGGCUGGGGAAUCUGGAGCUUCAACAAAAAAAGACUGGCCUUUGUCACAGCUCUUGCCUUAAAGAGAGAGGAAAGGAGACCCUUGUAAAAGCCUUGCUCUCUUGUGCCUGCUGCUGUAUGGCUGCCUGCGGCUCCCCACUCAAGGACAGCAAAAGUGGAGAGACACAACACGGGCCCCAGUUGUGUCCCUUCCUCAGCAACGAUGUUGCUUUGCUACGGCAAAGGCAGAGUCUAGGCCCAAAGAACUGCUCUGCUCUGAGUGGGCCCAGGAGUCUGCAUGAGAGCCACGAACCCGCAGCCCAGGAAAAUGAGAAUACAGGAGAGAGAAUCAGAACAUCAAGGACUAAGAAAGGAAAUGCAGAUAGGACAAGCUUCUGCAUCUCUGAGGAAAUGUGGAGUAUACACUGCCUCUUAGUGAGCAGAACCCUGGGUGCACGCACCCUGUCCUCUGCCUACAACCCUAUCAGUCCAUUAUGGUCCUUCCCAGCUGCACUGUCUGUCUCUGUCUCUGUCUCUCUCUCUCACACACACACACAUAAACAGGGACACACAUUCACCAUUCUGAGGACCAUAUGUAACCCAGAGGAGACACAGCUUUGCCUGUGAACCUCCCUCAAGGCCCAGUCCCCAUGUUGUUACCCAAGGCCCUGUUCAAACACCUCAGUCAGUCCCUUCUUCCCUGACAGGAGAAGGGAAGCUCCUACAUUUGGGUAGUCAUCUGCAGCUGAAAGUAGUCUGCCUCAGGCUCUUCCCUCUGAGACCUAGGCACCUGGCACUGCUCCACUUCCUGUUCCCGUCACAGACAUCUGCGACUCAAGCAAGCUCAACUCUUAUUGUCGGGAAAGUGGAAUCUACAGGGCAGAAGAGCCCCUGUCUCCUCACAGCAAACCAAUACCUGGAUGAGCCUGGGACAGAGCUAAUUGCACACCACUCCCUCAGUUCUGAAGAGCAUUCAGAGCACAAUCGUCAGGAUCCUAGGAUAUUCAACAUGGUCCCGACUAGUAUGUCAGAGCCCAGCACAGGAGCAGAGUGACCAAGGGCCCUGCAGUCCUAGGGACACAUAGCUGACAUUUCAUGGAGGAUCUGAGGUGCCUGCCCCAGGCCUCACUGCUUCUCUCCUGUGGCUGCAGCCUCUAAGGAACUCUGUGGGUCCAGUUCUGAGCCACCACUGCUGGAUCUGCAUCCAAGCCCCCGAGCUGCUAAGAUGGCUGUGCACACAGCACAGGCCCCUCAGAACUGCUGUGUUCACACUCACCUAUGUGUGGAUCCAGCGGCACUUUGCCCAGAAGCGGGAUCUUCAGAUUCUGGCACAUGGCCUCUGCACCCCCAGUCGUGGGAGGGAAGAUCUGAGACUCUUUCUGUGAGGCAGAAAGAGAAGGAGGCUUUAUUUUGCUUCUGCAUCUUAGAACAACUAGUUUUUAGACAUUGUGAAACAGUGCCUUGUUGCCUGUGAAACUCUGAAGCAUUUCAUGCAGGCAGUAGUAGAGGGCUUGAUGGAGACCCUCCCUUCCCAACACAGCAGGAAAAGCAGAAACCAUCCCUGCCGUUUCCUCACUGUGACAAUGGUGUGCUUAGGCCUGCACUGGGGACCCUCACCUUGCACUUGGGGCAGAUGAAACCGCUCAUGUUCUCUACCACACCAAUGAUGGGCAGCUUCACCUUGUGGCAGAAGCUGAUCUCUUUCCGGACAUCCUGGAGGGCCACCUCCUGACAAAGUUCACAGAGCAGUUAUCCCUCAUUCAAAGGGCACGGAAAGGCACAUGUGGUCCAGGAGAUGCUGCACAGUCAUCAGAGCACACACUCACCUGAGGGGUGGUGAGGAUCACUGCCCCAUCAAUGUGUGCCGCAGCCAGGUACUGGACCACUGAGAGGUGUUCAUCAGACGUGCCAGGUGGGGUGUCUAUGAUGAGGUAGUCCACAUCUCCCCAGUCUACAUCACGGAGGAACUGCUUGAUCAUACCUGGAAGUGGGCAAGGCUGAGUGUGGGCCUUCUUUCUGGCAUACAUCUCCAGCAGCAUCUCUCAUUAUGCAUAAGCAUUUGGCCUACAUUCUCAGCCUCAACACAGUGACACUGCUGUCCCCAGGGGGCAGGAGGUGAGAUCUGUAGACAUGCUGGGUGGCCAUGAUGGAGUCAGGGGAGCUCCUGUCUAUGUGUGGCAUAGACAUGUGGUUCCAACAGUCAUGUGGCUUAAGUGUCAAUAGGGAGAAGGUGCUUGCCCAGUGGUGCUAUCUGCAUCAUCUUAGGCUUCCCCAGAAAGGGGUUUUCACUCCACACUUCCCUCCUUGACACAGACCAGUCACGUGAUCGCACUACAGAUCACUUCAGGGUCCUGCAAGUCUCAAAAGUAGAAAAGCUCACAGUAGGUAAUAAAAUGUCUACACUGAAAA